GCGUAAGUUUUGGUUUACACACAGCAGUUCAAAGCCACAAUUCCUGUGUAACAUUCAACUCCGUUAGUUCACUUUCAUCUUUUUAAAAGAGUAAUAGUUUGGGGGGGGGGAUUCCUUUUCAUAGCCUCAAUGUCUGAAGAGGUUACUUACGCAGACCUCAAUUUUCAGGACUCCGGUAGAAAGAAAAGUAUCCAGGAGUUUGGCACAGUUGGAAUCAAAGAACCUGCUGCUACUUCCCAUGUGUGGCAUCAGAGAGCCUUGGCUCUGAUUCUCCUAUGCCUUCUGCUGCUGAUUGGACUAGGAAUCUUAGGAAGCGUAUUUUACAUAACUUUGAAGAAAGAAAUGAGAAAAUUGAAUACACUACAAAAUAUCAAAGAAGAACUUCAGAGAAAUGUUUCUCUACAAUUGAUGCAUAGCAUGAAUAGUUCCCAGAUGAUCAGGAACCUAUCUCUCACACUGCAAGAAAUAGCCACCAAAUUAUGUCAUGAGCUUUACCAAAGAGAACCAGAGCACAAAUGUAAACCUUGCCCAAAGAAGUGGAUAUGGCAUGAGGACAACUGUUACCUAGUAACUAAGAACUAUGUAACAUGGCAAAAGAAUGCCAUGUUCUGUUCUGCUCAAAAUGCCAGCCUAUUGAUGAUUAAGAACAAAAGUGUAUUGGAAUUUGUAAAAUCCAGGAACUUACGUAAAUACUGGCUGGGGUUAUCUCCCAGAAAAUAUUAUGCAGAUUACAAGAUAGUGGAUGAGACAAUUUUCUCCUCUGACUGGCUUGUAAGAAAUACAAAGGACGUAGAUGACACCAUGUUUUGUGGAUAUAUAAACACAAUAUAUGUUUCCUAUACACUCUGCUCUGACUCAAAUAAUAUUAUAUGUGAGAAGCUGGCUAACCCAGUGAAGAUUGAGAACACACUAAUGAGUGAAAUACCAGAUGAAAAAUAUGAUUAGUGCAAGUAAUUUGCUAUUAUGCUGCCAUUUAGGCAACUGCGUGGAGCAUACAUCUUGUGGCCCACACAAAGGGAGUACAGAUGCUAUGAGACUAAAUCUCUGCCUCUCUCCUAACCAUGUACAUUUGUAAACUUUCUUUCUCCUCAUUGGCUAUGGAACAGGAGCCUAAAGUCAUAUCUUAUCAUGUAGAUACAGGCUCAAUUUAUGUUGAGCAUGAAUUCAGUGGGUUGGGUGAAUAUACAGAAAACUGAAGCUAACUUUUCCCGCUUUUCCAGAAAUAACAAGGCAAAUACCCACCUUAUAGAACAUCAGGGAAAAUGAAAACUAGGAAUUAAUUAUAUCGAAAGGAUAAUACAUCACGAGCAACUGGAAUUUAUGCUGGUAAUACUGUGGUAGGGUCCCCUCCCUAAGGAGAGAGAAAAAAAGUAACCUGGCUAUGCGCCUAUGUGACAAUAUCCCUCAUGACCUAGUAAACUGAGACUACUUAAUCGACUAUAUGUUUGUGUGUGUUGCCGUAUAUGGGAAACAAAGAAAUAGAAAACGUAUAGAAAACUAUGCCACAUGAUGUUCGGUGCUCAGUUCUUCGAGUAUGAACCCAACUGAGCGGUGCUGGCACGAAUAAAGUUGCUUCCUGGAAAUUCAAAAGCCUCAGUGUUACAACUCUCUGUGCAAGAAUCCUGCUACAAUACAGGUUGACUUACAUGUUAGGAAAAAAAACAUAAGAAAGAGAAAGAAAAAAUUUAUUUUAGUAGAUGUGGAAAAGCAUUUGAGAAAACGUAAUACCUAAUCUCUCAGGAAACUUGAAGCAGAAGAUUUCCCUAAUCUGCUAAAGGAAGGUGACAUCAAAAGAGUGAAAAGAAAAACAAACCAAACAAAGGACUAAUAACCACCUGUAAACCUAACACCAUGCUUGUGGUAAAAAAGUGAAUGUUUUGCUUUUGAGCUCCGGAACCAGAUCAGAAUGGCCUUUAGCAUUUUGUUCAGUAACCUGGAGGCCCUGGCAGUAAAAUAAGGCAAGGAAAAUAAAUUUAAAUAUGUAAAACAUGAGAAAGGACGAAAUAAAACAUUUUUAUUUGUAGCUAAUAUAUUUGUGUAUGUGUGUGCGUAAAAACGAUAUAACUUAUAAACCAUUAGAAUACAUAAUUUAUCAGAGUUGUUGGAUAAAGCCUCAAAAUACAAUGUCAGGGUGUAACAUCAAUCAUAUUUCUGUAGGUUAGCAGUAAACCAUGGAAAAAAUUUAAAAAGCAAUAUCAUUUAUAACAGCAUCCCAAAAUAAAAUAGUCAUAAAUGUAAUAAAAUGCGGAAAACAUUCUGCCCAAUCCUGGUUCCUUCCCCUCUCUUGCACUGAGGGUGCCCCCUAAUAACCACCCCCCAGCUCGCUAACCUUGAUUUCAGAAUCUGCUUCCUGGGAAACCAAGCGUGCAAGUGUUGCUGACAAAAUAAAAGAAAACCUUAAUAAGUGGAGAGGUAACCAUGCACUUGGAUUGGAACACUCUAUAUAUUCUUGGGAUGUAAAGUCUCCCAAAUUUACCUCUACAGUCAAUACAGUCCCUGAACAUUUCAUAUAAUUUUUUUUUUUUUUAGAAUGUGAUGUGCCAAUCGUAAAACUAGCAUAGAAAUGCAUGAUUUAGAAUAGCCAAGACAACAUUGGAAAGAAGAAUGUUUGCAGAAAUUACAGUAUCGAAUACCAAUACUUACUUUAAUGCCAUGGUAAAAAAACAAAACAAAACAAUGAUUUAAUACCAGGAUAGAUAUACAUCCACAGGACUAGACGAAGAAUCCAAAAGAAAAAAAAAAGGCUCAUGUGCAUACAAUUGGCUUAUUUGUAUAUAAAAAUAGUUAUCGCUGCCAUUAGAGGUAGAAAAUGAUUGUCUUUUCAAUAAAUGGAGUUGAAUCUAUUGAAUGUCAGCAUGGAAAGAAAUAACACAUCCUACCUACCUUAUACGAUACAUAAAUAUUAAUUCAAAAUGGAUCAUAGAACUAAAUCUGAAAGCUCAAACUAUAAAGCUUCUAGUUAAAACAUAAGAGAAUAUCUUCAUGGCUUUACAACAGACAAA